CGACACACGCCAUCAUCCGUGGACAGGGAGUCGUACAGGAAUCAGUGGGAUAAAGGCGAUCGCGCUUAACGGAGAAGCAUCGGAGUCGUGCGCCGUAUCCCGGGCGUUCUUUAAAUCGGUCACAUAUUAUUUCAGGGAGAUUUUAGUUUUUGCAGAAGAUAAAUAAAUAAUAAAGCUCUCCCUGGUGCGUGGGUUGGAAAGGUUGGCGUAACGCUCCUACUUUAUUCCAUCGGAUGAAAAUGUUUGGUUUGUGCUUGUAAAACUUCAACUCGUUUUCAAAGGAUCGUUUCAUCUUUCUUUCGGGCAAACCGCAGAGGAGAAGAGGAGAGACCGGUGACCGUAAUUGGACUCUGGAUAGGAUACCUGGGGGAGCUAACUGUCCCUGUGCACACAGGCGCCUAAUUUUCCUUCGCCUUUCCAUCAGUUUCCAGGAAGUCAGAGGUGGAGAACCACGUUUGAAGGACUCUGAGCUGCCAGACGUGUGAAUCAAUGCCAAGUCUUUGUCCUCCUCAGACAGCCUAGCGAAGGUGCAGGAGGUAGCAAGCUGGCUUUUGGAAAUGAACCAGGAUCUGCUGUCGGGGGGCAGCGGCAGCAGGGCGGCCCAGCAGCAGAGGCAGAGGCCUGGGGCAGCGGGGGCAGGUAACAGCACCUCCGGCCGCACACCUCAGCCCCAGGCGGAGCACAUGAAUCGGGUGUUGGAGGAGCAGGAGCAGGUGGCACAGCAACAGAGAAGAGAACCGGGCGAGGAGGAAGAGGGUGGACAAGAGCGGCCAAGGGAGGCAGAGGAGGAACCAUGGCCUUCCGGAGGUGAGCCAGUGGAGGAAGGACGGAGGAGCGAGGUGAACGGAGCCGAGAAGGGCGCCCAGUGGAUGUGGGAGCAGGAGCAGCAUCGGCGGCAUAGACGGCAUCGCGAGGAAGAGGCGGAGAAUGAGGAGGAGGAGAAUAAUAAUGCCGGAAGGGAAGGGCAGGUCGGGGUGGGACUUCGUUCAGAGGAAGACGACGACCGACCGGAGGAUGAGGAGGAAAUGGACCAGGAUAGCGAUGAGUUUGAGCAUUCAGGAGAGAGUGGGAGGGAAGAGGAGGAGGAGGAAGAGGCUGAAGAUGAGGAGGAAGGAGAGGAAGGCCUCCACUCUCCCUUCCUCAGGACCAGUGUGUCGGACCUUAAUGAUAACACAGACCAGUCCUCUGGACGACAACACCAAAGCUCACCAUCUGUCUGCAAGAAUAAGAUGAAGAGGAAGUUGGACCAUGGCCCCGAGGUUCGACCUUUCCCUUCAGGAAAAAAGCCCUGUCCAAGUCCCACAGGACUGCCGUAUCCAGCCACCCCCACCACGUUUAGGGACAUUCGAGCAGUCAAUGGGCAGGGUCAGCAGAGACGACGUAUCACAUCCAUCCAGCCCCCUACAGGCCUGCAGGAGUGGCUCCGCACCUUUCAGAGCUGGAGUGGCCCAGAGAAGCUGCUUGCGCUGGAUGAGUUGAUUGACAGCUGUGAGCCCACGCAGGUGAAACACAUGAUGCAGGUGAUCGAACCACAGUUUCAGAGAGACUUCAUCUCACUCCUGCCCAGAGAGUUGGCCUUACACGUGUUGUCAUUUCUGGAGCCAAAGGAUCUGCUUCAGGCAGCUCAAACGUGUCGUUACUGGCGCAUUCUAGCAGAGGACAACCUGCUAUGGAGGGAAAAAUGCAAAGAAGAAGGUAUUGAUGAACCCUUGUACAUAAAGAGAAGGAAGGUUAUCAAGCCAGGGUUCACACACAGUCCCUGGAAGAGUGCCUAUAUUAGACAACACAGAAUAGACACCAACUGGAGGAGAGGAGACCUCAAAUCACCCAAGGUCUUGAAAGGCCAUGACGACCAUGUCAUCACCUGUCUCCAGUUCUGUGGAAACCGUAUAGUGAGCGGCUCAGACGACAACACACUCAAAGUAUGGUCUGCUGUUACUGGGAAGUGUUUGCGGACGUUAGUCGGCCACACCGGUGGGGUCUGGUCCUCUCAGAUGCGAGACAACAUCAUUAUCAGUGGCUCCACAGACCGAACGCUGAAGGUCUGGAAUGCAGAGACGGGAGAAUGUAUCCACACGCUGUACGGUCAUACCUCAACAGUGCGCUGUAUGCACUUGCAUGAGAAAAGGUAA